ACAGUGUCCUGUCCCUGGAAGGGUUCAAGGACAGGCUGGACGGGGCUUGGAGCAACCUGGGACAGUGGGAGGUGUCCCUGCCCAUGGCAGGGGGCGGAACGAGAUGAUAUUCAAGGUCCCUUCCAACCAAAACCUUUCUGGGAUUCUACACUGGCGUGAAAGCCCCUGCUCUGAGCUCCUUUCUCUGCACUCUGCCAAGAUCGGUGCUGGGGGGAACACCUUCCGUUUUCGUUUCAAAGACUUUUGCUGUUAUUCUCUUAUCAGGACUGAAGGGAAUCGUCUUCCUGAGCGCCUGCUCUGUGUUGUAACUGUGAUAAAUCACUGUGAUUUAUCACCCGUGAUAAAUCCACGUCGGACGUGGGUAAUUCAGCACAGUGAGCAGUGCCCCACUUGGCUGCCCACACUGGCAUUGAUGUCUUGCUCUCUCACCAGAUCAAAUGUGCCGUGAAAAUGUUCUGUCAUCACACCGAGCUAUGGGAAUUCAACAAGUUAUUUUUUCAGUUCGAGGCUCCUUGUGAAAUAUGUUUGGAUUCAUGUGUGAUGUUCUGACAGGAGAUGAGUUAUGCUAUUUACAAGAUGAACUUCUGUGACUUAAAAACCUUGUAAAAUGACAUUUUCAUGUUAAAACAUGAUUGGAUGUGGUUUAGAACAGCCCUUGGGAGUAAAGAAAAAAAAAUCAGCUACUGGACUUUAAAGAAGUAAUUUUGCUCACUCAGUCCCUUUCCAUGCACCUGUGCACAAACAGACAACAGCUGAUGGGUUCUUGGCAUCAAAAGCUUUCACUUUGGCCACAGUCCAAAAAGCAAACUACAAAAAACCAAGAGUUUGAUAACCCACUGUGAAGUAAGAAGCAAGUAAGAGAGUUCCAAACCCAUUGCCAAUACCUUGGGCUUUGAAAACUUUAAGCAGUUGAUUUAUUAAUAAAAAAAAAUGCUAUUUUCACAUUAGCUGUACUCUUUUUUUUUUUUUUUUUCCUUCUGGAUUUUAUAAUCCUUCUUUACCAGUCUACCAUAAAGUAAAUUGUGCGGGGGGUUAACAGAUUUCCAGAUGGUGAUUUUAAUUUGCCACUAGGUACCCCAAACUGUGGUGAAAUCACUGAUUCAGGUAAGACUCAAAUAAACAAUCACCUUGCACAUUCUUUUAAAUUUUUUUAAAAUAUUUUGACAACUUGAGGUAAACUCAUGUUUUGUAUCUUACUUAAAUAGGAAUUUUUAGUUGGAAUCUGAGAGUGGCCUGGGGCUGUCACACCUGGGGCAUUCACCUUUAGCAUUCCUGGGUUGGUAUCAUCAUCAUUCCUUGUCCAUAAUAUUGCAGAAAGCUUCUGGCUUGUCUUUGGUGGUGGUGGUUUGUUGGUUGGUUGGGGUUUGUUUUGUUUGUUUGGAGUUUUUUUGUUUAACUUUGCCCUCAGCGUGGUGAUUGUAUAUCUCAGGCUAACAGAAAUAUCCAGCACUUUCCAAAGAAAUGAAACGGAAUCCAAAGAGCUCUAUUGUCCGAGCCAAACAGCAAAUAGGAUUAUGGAGUAUUUUCAGACCAGAAAUGGAGAUGCCUGGCAUAUGAUAUGCAAUGAAGAGAUUUGCUGUUUUAAUCUGUGGUUGAUAGGAAAUGCUGCAGCUAAUCCUAGGAAAGAAAGAGAAGAGCAGUCGCCUGUGAAUCCAUAAAUUUUCAGAGAUUGGAGCUGUGUUUCAGGCUGUUACAGGGACUUGAAACAGAAAGAUUAGCUUUGAAAAUUCAGCAGCCACGGGCUGUUUAAAUGCAAAAUCUGGCAAAACCACUUGUUUCUAUGGCAGCAUAUCAGGAUCUUAUUUCCUUUUAUCAGUGGAGGGUUGCAACAGGACGGGGUUGGAAAUAAUUCCUCUACCAGAAUACUCACCUUUCAACAAUCUGAUUGGUUUUGUCUGGUUUCCAUCAGCUUCCAGUUCUCAGUUGUUUGCAAGUUUGGACAUAUAUUUGUUUUAUCAUUCUCAGUUCUAUAUGUCAUAGGAACAAGAGUGACCCUGCUGUCAUGAGAAGGCUGCUCAUGAGACCAGGAAGUUUUCAUGGUGUUGUGCUACUACCAGGGGCAGAGUGAGUAGGAAUAAUGUGUGAUAACUUCUCCUUGUUCCUGCUUUUAUCUUAGGCACUGGUCAGGGACAGGGAAUCCUAUUAACCUGCUGUCACAUAUGAGCUUUUGGUAUGCACUGAAUUUCUGGAGCCCAUUACAGAGACUCCUGGGGAAUGAACCCAGGAUUUUUAUAAUUACCAAAUUCCAUUUACAGGUAUCACUUGAAACACUUCCUGCAGAACAUCAGCACACCGUCUUUCACUUAAUGAAAGUGUAAAAUCCCUGAUGUCAGUGAAUGGAUUGGUUUAGCAAACAGAAAGGUUAAAGAUAAAUAAUUAACAGUGUGGCUGGCUGUUCCAGAACAGGGCUGCAAAGCUGAUGGCUAUAAAAACACAUCAAAAAUUUCUAUCACUGUGUAUCUGCAGGUCAGCAGGAGGGCAGUGGAAGAAACGGAUCCAUAAGCAUCAGACUUGUAAUGAUGGAUUUUGGGAAACUGUAUGGAAGAAGCCUCGGGCAGUCACAGAUUGGGACACUGGACUGUGUUGUCCUGCCAGUCUUUUGUCUUGCUGCUCCCUGGAGGCUGUGGGAUCUCACUCCCAGAGGUGUGAGAACUCCCAGUUCAGAGAGGUCAGUAGUGAAUGAGCUCCACGGUCACAGCCAGGACGAUCCAGGAGGUUGUUUUGACACGUUAAUAGUUUGUGUAGGGCACUGAAGGUGUGUGGGUGUCACCCUGGUGCUCUCCAGUGCCUCUCUGACAGAUGGUGCCAGCAAGGAAGAGGCAGCACCAGGAGAUUCUGUGCCCAUAUGAGCGUGGAGCUGAGCUGAGUGUGAGGGGCAGCACUCACAUUAGUGCCAAGGUCCACUCAGACUAAUUUACUGCCCUUCCAGAUAAAUGAAUUUUCACUCUUUUGGUCAAGUAUUUCUGUAGUGCACUGAGGUGCAUUCAGAGGCUGGGUAAAAACAUUGCAGGGAGUAAAGGCACUGCUGAGAUUGUGCUGCUCCAGGGGCUGAUAAUUCCCAACAUUCAGCAUCCACCAGGCUGGGCUCUGCCUGACAGCUCUAAACCUUCCUGACAGGAGGGCUCUGGACAGAUGGAACCAAGGACAUUAUAUCUCUGUAAUUGCUUUAACAACCAAAUUUUUAAUCACUGCAAAGAAUGAAAUUGGGUUUUUGUGGCAUGACCUAUUUUAUGUAACAUCAUCUUGACGGUCAUUAGAUACAUUCUCAUCUGUUAAUUCUUUGUUGCUCAAAUCCUGUAUCAACUUUCUGUUAUUUUACCUGGCUGGUGGCGAGUUACCUGGGUCAACACUCUCUCCUUAAACACUGCCAUAAUAUUAGCACUUUUUUUAAAAUGUUUUGAUAUUUCCUCAGUGUUCCAGACCUGUUGAAAUCAGCAUUAGCCAGCUAAUCAUGCUGAGUUUAAAAUAUUCCUUAUAUGAUUUAUUUAAUAACCUUUGUUGCAAAUCUCUGAGUUGGUUGUUCAGCCACUAUUUUUUCAAAUGAACAAGUACUUGCUGAAGCUUUUGCAUUUACUCUGCAUCAACAGCUUGUCUUCAUCUCACAAUGUCCCUGGACUUUACUGUUGAAGUUUAUUUCCUACUCUCCAGCUUCCUGUGCAAGUUUCCUACAUUUUCUCACUUCCAGCAGUGAUUGUUGGUGGUUUUCCUCUUUUUUCUUGCUGUAGUUUUGAUUGUUGCACUCUCUUUUUCAUCUUCACUGUGGGACACUUUCAAGCAUUGUUCUAAUUUGCUGCUGAUGUUUGCAGACAUUUCCCUAAACCUUGUUAAAGCGAAUUCUUAAACCCUUUUUACCCUAAUCUCAAUCCCACCCUCCUUGCACCCCAUUUUUCUCAAAUCUGAGAAACUAGCACUUUGAGGAAGCAAAGAAUAUAUAUCUUCACACUCUGACCUGUUCUCUGCCUCUCUUCUUGUAGGCUGUGUUGAGACUUCAAGCUCAGGUGUGGGGAUCUCCCUGUCAGGUCCAGGUUACACAAAUCCAGCUCCAACUGCCCAGAACUGUGAAUUCUUUAGAGGGAAGAAGCAGCUGUGAGUGCAAGGGUCACAUGUGAUACCCUUGCUUUAAGAGUGCUACUUUUUAAUUCUUAUUUUGAGCACUUUUUGUCCUCUCUAGGAUUUAAUUUUAUGCUCCAAGCCCCAUCCAGCCUGGCCUUGAACACUUCCAGGGAUCCAGAGGCAGCCACAGCUUCUCUCUGGGCAACCUGUGCCAUCAUCUCCCAGCUGUGCCUGCCCUGUAAUCAGCAAACAGAGUGAACCAGACCUCAUUAAACUUUAGCAAAACACAGGUGUAAAAUUCAUCAUCUGUGAUUCAGGAGGAAUCCAUUUCCAUGCCAGCCUUCCUGCCAUGAUAUUGCUGUCCUAUGCAGAGAUUAAAUUAAUCAAUAAUAGCCACUUGUUUUGGUUUUUUUUUUUUUUAAAGCAGUGGUUAGUUUAAAAGCCCGAGGAGGGGAUGACUGUUAAAAUAAUUAGAUUUCCAGCUCCAGUUUCCAGGUUAGGAUUUUCUGGACACGUUUGUUCCUGUCACAUUUGCUUCGUGGUUCAGAAUGAAUUUUCAGUAGAUGACUUUGUGAUAAGAAAGCAGCAAUUCAGAUGCAAUUAUAUAAACAGUAAGAUCAGCCUGGAAUUAGGCUGGAGGUAUAAAGCACACGCAGAGCUUGUGCUGGGUCACUGCCUCUCCCAGCUCAAGGCAGAGUCAGGUUUCUGUAAUAGGGAAGAAUUCCGCUGACAAGAGGUUGUUCUUUCCAGACUUGCACUGUGGCAGCUCCAGGGUAAAGGAGACUGGGAAAUGAAUGGCUUUUCUAUGGGAAACUGGCAGCUGGAAGAGACUGGAGGGUGAUGGCCAGAUGUUGGUAGACACUGUCAUUUAAAUUUUGUCAUCUAGAGACUCUAGAGUAGCUCCUGGAAUUGUCUUGGAGCUAAUCAAGGCUUUGUUCUCGGGAUCCCCCAGCAGGUCUGAGAAAUGAGGUUGGCACAGCAGACAGAUAAAGUGGGAUCCGUGGAGUUGAACUCUUUGCUGAUGUUUUUUAUUGUAAUUUGCUUGAAUCUGUUUUUAAUUCUUGGCAGUGUUCCCAUUUCAUCACUCCUCUAAGCCAACUGGAAAUUGAAAAAUCCAGUUUUAUGCCUGAUAUGCACUGUUGUGUCUUUUUCUCUCUUGAACAUUUUAAAUGGUGCUUCUCUUAGGAAAUUGUUUCUAAACCAGUGAGAUUAUUUUAAUACUUUGGGUUAAUUCUAGAGCUCAUGUUCUCUAGCAUGUCACAUUUUCAAAUCCUUCAUCUCCUGUUACUUUUAAUUUGUCACCAUUUUAUCACUCAUUAGUGAGAAGUUCCAUGUAAUAUGCUUUAGUGGGGGGAAGUUGAAUUUGUUUUGUUUUUAAUGGCCUGUUUACCCUUGUUUUGUUUUUAGCAGUUGGUACUACUUCAGUUAAAGGUCUGAGAUUGGAAAGAAGUUGUCAGGCUGUAACUAAAAAAAUUAAGAUUAAUCCUAACCUGUGACUGUCCUGACUGCUCCUUUUGAAUCCAAGGAAAGGGCUGGGAGGAGUUUUACUCCCAUUUUACUCGGGGUUUGCUUUGUUUGUUUGUUCUUCCCCAUCUAGCAUGAGGCCCUUCUUUGUGAUGUCUCUCCUCUUUGGCCUGACUUUUGGACAAACAGCAUCACUUUGUGCUCCUUCUGAGUACACAAUCCACGUGGAAAAACAGGAAUGUGCCUAUUGCCUGGCCAUCAACACCACCAUCUGCGCCGGAUUCUGCAUGACUCGGGACAGCAAUGGCAAGAAGCUGCUCCUCAAAAGUGCCCUGUCCCAGAACGUGUGCACGUACAAGGAGAUGUUGUACCAGACGGCGCUGAUUCCCGGCUGCCCUCACCACACCGUCCCCUACUACUCCUACCCCGUGGCUUUGAGCUGCAAGUGUGGGAAGUGCAACACUGACUACAGUGACUGUGUCCGUGAGAGGGUCAGGACCAACUACUGCACGAAGCCACAGAAGUUCUGCACCGUGUGAAGCUUCCAGAGCAGCGUGGUGGGGGGGGGGGAUGCACUCGCUCUGCCCACGGCUGAACAGAAAUAAAAGCCUCUUUCGUUGUUAGGUUU